AAUUCUAUACCCAAAAUCCAAAUCAAUUUAGGGUUUUACAUCAUCAUUCUUCUUCAGCUAUGGCGGCAUUCUCCCUGAGAAUUAGAAUCCACACUUUGUCAAACCCUUGUCUGCUCCACUAUCGCCGCCUCUUAUGCACCUUCAACUCCUCCGGUGGUGCCGGCGAUGACCCCAACUCGCCCGACAGUAAUCAGACUCCUUUGAGAAACCAAUGGAGCGCCUCGCAAUUGCAGGAGAAGUUGAAGCACAUAACGUUGAUGAGAAAUCAUUGGGCCUCGCAAUUGCACAAGAACUGGAAGCAGUUUGAUUUUUCGAGUUCAGAGGAUAUUUUGAAGGCAAGGUACUUGGAUCCUGAUCUUCAAUUCUUAUCGGAGUUCAACGCAUCCAGAAAUGUUUUAUACCAUCGGAUUCUCGCCAAGGCCGCCAAGUUUCGCCGCAUUGUGGAAGACAUGGACUGGCGGACCUUCAAUCCGAUGAAAACCAGGAUAAUGCUAUGGAAUAGAGCCACCGUGUUAAUUGUUAGGAUCAAGGACUUGGAUGAGAUAACGUAUGAGGGUGCUAAGUGGUUAGCCAAAUUGAGCAAUGCCAGAGUAGCUUCCUUCGAUGAGAUGAUCACAAACUUAUCCCAGAUGAGGAAAGAAUGGUUUGUUUUGAAAGAUUUGAAUUCUUUGCUUGAGGACUUAAGAAAGCUCAAGUGGGAUUGUAACAAAGAAGAACAAGAAGAAUUGAAUGAGGAUUUGUGGGAUGAAUUAAAUGAGGAGUUGGGGAAUGUCAGGUGGGAUGAAAUUCAUCAGGCGCUCAUGAGCUUAAGGGGGACGUGCUUGUUUGACGCCAAGCAGUUAGUCAUGAAGACCGACGAGUACCUAGCUUGCUUGGAGGAGAACAUCAAGUUUAUCCGGGAGAUGCGGCAACCGAUAAUACCAGAUUAGUUUUGACAGCCAUUUAGGUUAUGAAAGAAAAAAAUCCAAAUUCGAUGUGGGUCUUGAACCUGUUGUCAUUAAUGCUGAUUUGAUCAUUGAAGGACUCCAUCUUCCAUGUACUGAUUUGAUGAAUGCUGCAGCUCCUGUCACAUGUGGACAAGCCAUGGAUGUACCAGAUCUUAUGCCAAACAAGGAUGACUUUUCCCCAAUUGGAACACUUCCUGGUUCAUCACUUUUGGGAAUCAUGGCAGCGAAGAUGCUAACACCUGGAGCCAUGACAUCUGGCUGGAAAACAGAUUAGUGAAAGAAACAGUGAGUGUGUUGUUCUCAAGAUGCUUAUGUUAAUUCUUGGUUCAUGGAUGUGAAAUGAACUGCAUUUAGGAACAAAAAGUUGAAAACUACCUUGAGAAUGUUUUCUGUAAGGCUUGAAGGGCAAAGAUGCAACAAUUGGUGAAGGCUUAUAUCUAGGAACUUCUACUGUUGGAAGAACUGUUGCAGUUGGGUUUCUGUAUAGGAGGCAUCAUAGACUCAGCAUUUAGUAAUAGCUUAUCAUGUUUCAGCUUUUCCAAUCAUCAUAAGAUAAAAGUUAUUUUUAUCUCUUAGGUCACUGAUCACCAUGUGUGAAGGUUGAUAAUGCUUACUUGGUGGCGUUUAUGUACUUAAGGAUUUGAUACCCAUCUAGAUUCCCCACCUCUGUGAAGGGUAAUGUACCAGCAUCAAAGGGAAGUAGGGAACAUAUUUUCUGUCCUCGUCAAUGAGUAUCAUUCCCAUGGCUUUAGCAUCCUGUAAAACUAGACUCAAACCCGCGCAAUACCCGCGCAUUGCGCGGGGAAUAAAUGGUUUUAUGAUUUUAUUAAA